GUUUCAAAUUUGCAGUUAAUUUGAAAGAAUUUACAGAAGUGCCCGUUAUCAUCAUGGAGAAACAACAAAUUGUGUUGGGUAACCGGGACAGUGGGACAGUGUCUGGUGCAGCACCUGCUUUUUUUGUCAUCCUGAAACAGCAGCAGGGAAAUGGUAAAGCUGAUCAAGGAAUUCUAGUAGCAAACCGGGAUGCCUGUACUCUUACCAGUAGUGUGUCAACUCCAGUAAAAUCCAAAGUAAAGACUUGCCUUCCAGCUGAUUGUAUCUCAGGUAGCAUCACUGUCACCCUGGACAACAACAGCAUGUGGAAUGAGUUCUACCAUCGCAGCACAGAGAUGAUUCUGACCAAACAGGGGAGGCGUAUGUUCCCAUACUGUCGGUACUGGAUUACAGGCCUAGAUUCCAAUCUGAAAUACAUCCUAGUCAUGGAUAUCUCUCCUGUGGACAAUCACCGCUAUAAAUGGAAUGGUCGUUGGUGGGAGCCUAGUGGGAAGGCAGAACCCCAUGUUCUGGGACGGGUAUUUAUUCAUCCAGAAUCACCCUCCACUGGUCAGUACUGGAUGCACCAGCCGGUAUCCUUCUACAAACUCAAGCUUACCAACAAUACUCUGGACCAAGAAGGUCAUAUCAUAUUGCAUUCUAUGCACCGCUAUCUGCCACGGCUUCACCUGGUACCUGCAGACAAAGCCACAGAGGUUAUCCAGUUGAAUGGUCCUGAUGUACACACCUUCACCUUCCCACAGACAGAGUUCUUUGCAGUGACAGCCUAUCAGAACAUCCAGAUUACCCAGCUAAAGAUAGAUUACAACCCUUUUGCUAAAGGAUUCAGAGAUGAUGGACUGAACAGUAGACCUCAGCGUGAUGUGAAGCAAAAUAGUAGCUCAGAGCAUGAAGGAGGUAGUGUUUCCAGCUCUCCCAGCAAUCGUGGCCGACAUACUGAAACUGAUGGAUUAGAGUCACAGCAGAGAGAUCUAGAUUCUUCAUUUAGUGGUCAGAAUCCAUCAGACAUUGAUUUGGAGAAAGAAUCCUUUAAUGCAGAACGGGACUUCCUGGAUUUCCUGGAUGCAGACCUGCCUCUUAGUGAUAUGCCCAGGUUAAAACAAGAGGUAUCUGAAAGUCCCAUUGCUAGCAGUUAUGAAAGCAGCUCCCGGGUAGCAUCCCCAUUGGACCCAAAUGGACACUUCAAUGUAGUCAUUAAAGAGGAGCCAAUAGAUGACUAUGAUUAUGGAUCAAGUGUGUGCAUCGAAGGGAUAACUGUGAAGCAGGAAGACACAGAUGAGGAAACAGAUGAAUAUUCCAAUAGUGAUGAUGAUCCCAUACUAGAGAAACAACUGAGAAGACACAGUGAGAUGGACAGAAAAGAUGCAGGAAUCAGGCCCACCAAACGAAUGCUGGCCAACCCUUCAGGUGUUGCCAAAGCCAAAAUGUUAAAAUUGGAUAGUGGGAAGAUGCCUGUAGUCUAUUUAGAGCCCUGUGCAGUCACCAAGAGCACGGUAAAGAUCUCUGAGCUGCCACAGACCAUGCUUUCCUCUUGUAAGAAGGAUAAAUCCCCAGUGAGUGCAAUAUUGGACUCCUUUCCUAUUUGUUUUGAAAAUCAUAAGGACUCUUGCUUAGACACAGUCAUGGAAACUGAGGAAGUAGCUGUGAAAAAACAGUUCUCUGGAAACAAAGUGCCACAGAAGUACUGUUCCAUCAAAGAGGCACCAUGGACCAUAUCUAAAUCAUCUAGUUUCAAGCUUGGGAGCUCUACAGGAGGCCCCUUUUCAGCCAAAGACGUAGCUGGAAGAAAAAAAGGAGGUGUACUAAGGAACCCCAUGUCCCAGAAGGGUAUUGGUACUAAUCAAAAUCCUAUGUCAUCAGGCCCAAGUAGAAGAGGAAGGCCACGAAAGCUAAAGAUCUCCAAGGCUGGACGACCCCCAAAAAACAUAGGGAAGAAUGUAAUGACAAGCAAGAAUGCCUCCCUGGGAUCAGGGAGUAUCCUUCCAGAUGUUAAGCCAGAUCUUGAGGAUGUGGAUGGAGUCCUCUUUGUGUCCUUUGCAUCCAAGGAAGCUCUUGACAUUCAUGCUGUUGAUAGAGUUGGAGGAGAAGAAUCACAGAAUCUGCAGACUUCCUUGCUAGCUACAAGUGAUCCAGGUUGUCGAGCAAGAAUAUGCUUGUUGGAGAAAGAACUCUUGGAAGAUCUGAAGUCCUUAAGGCAUAAGCAAGUGAUACAUCCUAGUCUCCAGGAAGUGGGACUGAAGUUGAACUCUGUGGACCCAACAAUGAGCAUUGACCUGAAAUAUUUGGGUGUGCAGCUCCCGCUUUCCUACUCAAAAAACUACUCUUUGUGGAACUACCCAAGAGUUGUUCCUGGCUGUUCGGAUGCUGGGUUUCCCUUUGUUUCCAGGACAGGGAAAACGAAUGAUUUCACCAAGAUCAAGGGCUGGCGAGGGAAGUUUCACGGUGCUUCUAGAAAUGAAGGUAGUGGUUCAGAGGGCUCUUUGAAGAAUCGCUCUGCUUUCUGCAGCGACAAGCUGGAUGAAUACCUGGAAAAUGAAGGGAAGCUGAUGGAAACAAGCAUGGGAUUCUCUUCUAGCACUUCCACUUCUCCUGUGGUUUAUCAGCUUCCAACCAAGAGCACUAGCUAUGUACGAACACUAGACAGUGUUCUAAAGAAGCAAUCCACCAGCACUCCAUCCACCUCUUAUACUUUCAAGCCUCUCUCUGUGUCUUCUGCCUCUAGGAAGAUGAAAACUCAGAAUAAACAGACAGCUUCAAAGACCCGAGUAAAACCAUCCUACAAACCCAUACUUCCUUCACCUGUUGUAUUAAAGCAGAAACACAGCUUUUCAGUCCCAGGGGAGAAGGUCACUAAGUCUCUGCCAAGUAGCAACAUGGCUAAUCAGGUGGAUAAUUUUAUGGUGCCAGCUCUAGAUGAAAACAUGUUGCCAAAGCAGAUCAGUCUGCGUCAGACACACCAGCAACAACAGGCUACUCGCCCACCAGGUUUGUCUAAGUCUCAGGUGAAGUUGAUGGACUUAGAGGACUGUGCAUUGUGGGAUGGGAAACCACGGACCUACAUCACAGAAGAACGAGCAGACAUAUCCCUGGCAACUCUGCUCACUGCUCAGGCUUCUCUUAAAAAUAAACCUAUCCACAAAAUAAUCAGAAGGCGAGCACCACCUUGCAACAAUGAUUUCUGCCGUCUGGGUUGUAUCUGUGCUAGUCUAGCACUGGAAAAGCGUCAGCCUACCCAUUGUCGCAGGCCUGACUGCAUGUUUGGCUGCACUUGCUUGAAAAGAAGGGUGUUACUAGUAAAGGGAGGAUCCAAACACAAGAAAAUCCUGAAGAAAGCUGUGCGUGGAAGCCUUAUAUUCUAUGGGCCACAAGGGGAAGAUCAGCAGGAAGAGGAGGAGUUGGAAGAAGAGGGUGAUGGGGAGGAAGAUGAGCUGAAACAGAAAGAUAGGAGGAGGAGAAAGAAGGUGGAAUACACUAUCUGUGAUACAGAGCCAGAGCAGCCUAUUAGGAACUGUCCAUUAUGGAUAAAAGUAGAAGGAGAGAUAGAUCCAGAACCAAUUUAUAUCCCAACACCAUCUGUCAUUGAACCAAUGAAACCUUUGGUGCUGCCUACCCCAGAGGUCUUGCCUUCCAGUAAGAACAAAUCUUCCAAUGGAGUCAAACCAGGGAGAGUGUAUACUCCCAAACCCAACCCAGUGAUUCGGGAUGAGGACAAGGAUCCUGUUUACUUGUACUUUGAGAGGAUGAUGACUUGUGCCCGGGUCCGAGCGUAUGAAUGCAAAAGGGAGGAAAAAAAGCAGCAGAAGGACCCAUACAUCUGUAAUUCAAAUAAUCGUACCGGAAAGGAGCAUGAUCCUGAGCACCAGACGCUUAAAAAAGAACUUUGUGAGAUGGAGAAAGACACUGAUAAAUCAGGAGAGGAAAGCUGGUGGUCUUCCCGUAGUGAGGGGGAAUCCUCCUCCGCCUCCUACGUUCGUCACACUACUCCAGGUGGGCCAGCCAAACUUAUCGAGAUUAUCUCUGACUGCAACUGGGAGGAGGAUCGCAAUAAGAUCUUAAGCAUCCUAUCACAACACAUCAACAGUAACAUGCCACAGUCCCUCAAAGUGGGUAGCUUCAUUAUUGAAUUGGCUUCAGAGCACAAGUCCCGGGAUGAGAAGAAUCCUCCCAUCUAUUCCUCCAGAGUGAAAAUCUCAAUGCCUUCCUGCCAGGACAAGGGUGAGAAGCCUGAGAUGCCUGACUUGGAGAUUCCUGAUAGUUCAGUGUCAUCAUGCAAAAUAUCAGAAAACAUAAAGUUCUUGCGGGCAGAUACCUUGGACAAACUACAGGAGACGUUGCAGGGGGAAAAAGGCUUGCCUUUUUAUACAGGGCUUUCUCCUGCGGGAAAGCUGGUCGCCUACAAACGCAAAGCUAAUUUGAGCCCCUCAGGCUUGAUUCAGGUUAAUGGUAAAAGUUAUCCUCAGGCCAAACUCCUUUUGGGACUGAUGGGGGCAUUACAUCCAGCCAAUCGGCUAGCUGCUUAUAUCACAGGCAGGCUGCGACCCACAGUACUUGAUCUCUCAACCCUCAGUACUGUGAUCUCCAAGGUAGCAUCCAAUGCUAAGGCAGCUGCUUCCGGGACACCAUCAGUCCAGGUGCCCACCACAUCAACUCCCCAAACUACAUCCUCCAUCAGCACUACUUCAACCCCCACUGUGACGACUCUGAAAGCUCAUGUCCCAGCACAGAGACAGAUAGCUGCUCGACCCUCACCUGGUGGUGUGUUCACACAGUUUGUGAUGAGUAAAGUGGGAGCUCUGCAGCAGAAGAUUCCUGGAGUUAGCACACCUCAACCCCUGACAGGGCCACAGAAGUUCAAUGUCAGGCCUACACCAAUAAUGGUCGUCACUCCAGUGGUUCCCUCAAGGCCAUCUCCAGUUUACUGCACUGUCUCUCCUCCCAUCACUGCAACUACCACCACCUCUCCAGUUGCUUUAGAAAGUGUUACCACUGUGGCAUCAUCUACUGUGACCACUACUGGCCAUACAAGAGCUAAUGAAUCUACCCACUCUCCUCCUGGCAUUGCCAUUACUGGUGCUUCUGAAACAUCUGAAACCAGCGCCUGUACUACUGUCUCACCCACUACCCCUACAGCCACUGUAAACAUAACAAAAGCAACAGGAAUGACUACACCAGUAGCAACCAUAUCAUUUCCUAAAUCUGUAGUAACUACACCAACCAUUAAUCAUCCUGUUCCUACCACCACCUCAUCCCCUGUUGUGGUGACAACAACUGCAGUCACAUCCAUGGUGACCACUCCACCCUCAUCUGUUGGUUCUGUUCCUAUUAUACUCUCUGGAAUUAAUACAAGUCCUUCACUGAAUCCAAGACCAGAAGAUGGUGGUUCUCAGACUACAACUGCAAGCCCCCAAGGGCUGUCUUCUGGAACAGAGAAGCGUGGGGGACCCCGGUUACUGCUGAUUCCAGUACAUCAAGGUUCUCCUGCUUUACGACCCCUCCAUAAUGUGCAGCUUUCUCAGGGACAUAGGAUGAUCCUGCAGCCUCUCAGGAGCCCCGGUGGGGUAAACCUAUUUAGACAUCCCAAUGGACAGAUCAUCCAGCUUGUUCCACUGCAUCAGCUCCGAACUGCUGGCACUCAAUCCAACAUUCAACCAGUCAUGUUCCGCAAUCCAGGCUCUGUUGUAGGAAUCCGGUUCCCUGGGCCUUCUAAGCCUCCUGAGACACCUGUAUCAACUAUGUCCUCCACUUCUGUUACUUCGGUUUCCCCUGCCAAAAACCCAGCAAUACAAAUGGUUGGAUCCAAGUCUGCACCUACAGCUAAUUUGGUCACUCAAUCAUCAUCCAUCCUUCCGUCAGUACCCAGUUUUGUGUCACAAGCAGGCACCCUGACUCUGAGGAUCUCUCCUCCAGGAGCAAGCAGCAUUGUAGGUCAGGCAGGCUCUGAAUCUAAAAUAAUGUGUAACUCAGGUGGUCAACCAACUAAUGCUGCCAAUCUCAUACCCCUUCAGUCUGGCAGUUUUGCCUUGCUUCAGCUCCCAGGACAGAAGUCUGUCCCAAACUCUAUUCUUCAUCAUGUUGCAUCCCUCCAGAUAAAGAAAGAUUCCCAGAAUGUAAGCCAAAAGGAUGAGUCUAGUCCUACUAAGCAGCAGGAGCCUGAGAAGGCUUCACAUUCAGAAGAUGUAGAAGUCAUGGAGUCAGAGGUAACAGUGUCAGAUAGCAAACAAGAGGAAAAUGAGUUGCCAUCAGAUCAGUCAAAUAGUACUGAGGAGUCUGCAGCUGAUGUGAUCCUAUCUGACAGAAACUUCACUGCCUCAGAGAUGGCUGAGAAGGAUCCAGAGAUGCUGGAGGAUUACGCAGAUGACAUUCCCAGCUUCCAGCAUGAUGUUUCUGCCGAUGUCAUAUCAUCAGAUCACUCAUACAUCAGUGAGAAGCCAAUCAGUGAGAAAAACAAAGUGAUCACUGAAAAGAAAGAGGACUCUGUAUAUUCUGAAGAAGUAUUGGAGGAAGUUUCAGAUAACUCAGGGACUAUUUCAGAAUUACUAGGUCAAGCAGUAGUUGCUCCUGCAAAUACUGCAUAUCCAGAGAGUCCCAGGGAGCAGGAAGAGAUGGCACUGUUAAAGAGCCAUGUAGAGGAGUACACGAGCACUGUAGAAGCAGAGAGUCCAGAUACUGAACGGGAGGGAAAUGCACAGCCACAGAAAAAAGAGGAAGAGAAGGUGAAUGCUGCACAGUCAAAGAGUCCACAGGAAAAGCAAGAGAUUUAUGCACAGCUGGAAAGCAAAGACAAGCAUCAGGAAGGGACUCAACCACUUGAGAACCAAAAAGAGCUCCAGGAGAGCAUUGCACAGCCUGAUGUCAAAAGGAAGGAAUGUGAGGACUCUGUAGAGACAGAGAAUAUAAUGGAGGAACAGGAAAAUAAAUCUGAGAUCAUUUAUACCAAGGAACAUGGUAAUAAUUCAGGGGAGAUGCAUGUGGAAAGUACAGAUGAGUGUAAAAAAAAUCUAGAUAUCCAGGAAAAACUUAAUGCUCCUAACCAAGAACAAGGCACCACUGGUUUUCAGAAAGCAAGUGAAAAUGCUAAGGAUAACUCAAUUCAUGUCAACAGUUCUUGGAACACAAUAUCUAGUAAGACAACUGAUUUAGACAACAAAAGUAAUACCGAGAGAGAGAACAAAGUUGAGAAAUCUGUUAAAGGUUAUUUCAUGACCCCAGAACAGAGAUCACAAGAAUCCAAACACCACAAAAAGGGUUAUACUCCUGCUGUUGAUAUUACCACUGAUGAUGUGGAAGAGGAGGAGGAAGAUGAUGAUGAAAAAACUGAUGAUUCUGCUGAUGAGAUGCUGGAUGGAGCUUCUGAUUUCCAGAGUGAAGAGGAAGUGGAUGUGGAAAAAUUGCCCAGGGUCUCCCACAGUUCUGUUCCGGAUGGGCUGUGCCUCCUCUCUGAAGAUACCAUAGGUGGUUCAGCACUGUUGAAUGACUGUGAGUACAGUGAGAAUGAUGAGCCUGUGGACAUUGAGACCGUGGAGGAGCUUUCAGAGAAGAUUAACAUUGCUCGUCUGAAGGCCACAGCUUCCACUAUCGGAUCUUCCAAACAAAAGCACUGUAUUCAUAAUCAUACGGAUGAGAAGGUGGCAGACAAGUCUACUAAGAAACCCCAGUUCUGGAACAGAAAACAGAAGAAUGAGGCAGAGGCCUUUGCUCAUUACCGCCAAACACACACAGCAAAUGAACGCCGACGUCGCAAUGAAAUGAGGGAUCUUUUUGAAAAGCUGAAAAGAGCUCUGGGACUGCAUAGCCUUCCGAAGGUCUCCAAGUGCUACAUCCUCAAACAGGCCUACGAAGAGAUCCAGGGGUUGACUGAUCAGGCAGAUAAACUGAUUGGGCAGAAGAACUUACUGACUCGCAAACAAGACAUUCUGAUCCGUAAAGUAUCCACACUUUCAGGUAAGACAGAAGAGGUGGUCCUGAAGAAGCUAGAAUACAUUUAUGCCAAACAGAAAGCAGUAGAAGCACAAAAGAAGAGGAAACAAGUUGAGCCAGAGGAGCUUGUUGUGUCCCCCAAGCCCAGCAGACAGCAAGAAGAAUCCUCCACUUCCUCCAAAGAGCUGGGACAAAUGAUUGUGACAAAUAGGCGGGGGAAGCCAUUAAUACUCGCCAGGAAAGGAGGCCAGGCCGCCGUCGAGACCACAUCCUCUCCUAUUACAUUAACUACUGCCAGCCUAGUAAUGACUCCACAAGGGCAGGUGCUUACACUGAAGAGCCCCCUGAUGCCAGGACAGGUAGCCGCUGUUCCUUCCACACUCCUGCAAGCUGAGCUAAAGCCUCAAGUUGCCAGUAACACAGUGACAACACAGCCAGGUAUUGCAUCCGUGAUGAUUCAGCUACCAGGCUCAACAGUUCCUGUCCAAGUGAAAGGCAUCCUCACUAACUCAGCCAUUCCCAUUACGUUGUCAACCAUUGCCAGUAACCCAGUGCCCCCCGCUGUAGGAACAGCUACAGAAGCUGCUUCAGAGAGUGAAGAUUCAUUCAUGAUGCCAAAGAUUGUUAAUGUGACAUCACUGGCUGCUGAAGGGGGUGUGAAUUUAAACCUGAAUAGAAACAAGAAUUCUCAUGUAACCCAAGGUGCUGGUGCCCAGACAUCUGAGCCGUCUCUGAAAGCAGGAUCUCAUGAAAGUAGGCGGAAUGAGGACAUCCUUUCAGAAGAAAAAAACAAGGCAUCUCCUGGAGACAGCUGUGGAGAUGGGAGAAGUGCCACAGGGCCCACACAAAUUUUCCUUGAAAAUAAAGACAACGGCUUUCCACAGAUUCGGAAUGUACCAAGUGUGAAGGACUCCUCAGAGUCCUUUGCUAAAAAGUCUUGCAUUGGAGAGUUUCUUGGAAGCCAGGGGAGGAGGAAAGAGACUGAUCAGGGAGGGGAAAGGUUGAAGCCAAAGGAUUCUCCAUUCCGCAAGCUGCAGGUUAAAGAUCUCAAAGACUCCAGGAUAGAAAUGGAACUGAGGAAGGUAGCCUCUGCAAUAGAGGAAGCAGAACUAGACCCAAGUGAGUUACUGGGCAGCAUUGAGGAGAGUGAUGACACUGAUGAAACCCUCACUUCACUUCUCAAUGAAAUUGCCUUUCUCAAUCAGCAGCUGAACGAUGACACUUCUGGCAUGUCAGAGCUGCCUGGUACCCUGAGCUCAGAGUUUUCUCCAGAAGACUCCGAAACACGGAGGGGACCUGCCAGUGACCUGACCACUGCAGAUGGAGCCUCCUUCCAGUUUGGUCAUUUGGGUAGCAGUUUCAAGGGCCUUUCUGAAGUUCGAGAGAGUAGUGGCUCCAUAAGCCCCCUCCUGCUUCACCUGGAAGAUGAUGACCUUACUGAUGGUGAGAGGAACUCUGCAGAGCCUUCAUCUCAAGCAGAUAUUUUGAAGAUAGUGAUAGGCUCUGAAAUGAAGGACUCACUUGCCAACCUCUCAGUAACUGGUGGCGUAAGUGGUAAAACCUUAGAUCCCCAGGCAGAGGCCAAUGUGUCUCCUCCAAUCCUGCAGAUGAAAACUAAUCUAGAAGCUGGUAACACUGACACACUGUGGAGGCCUAUGCCCAAACUGGCACCACUUGGGUUAAAAAUUGCAAAUCUUCCGUUAGACUCAGAAGGGCAGAGCACCAAGGUAAUGCCAGUAUUGGCACCUGUAGUUGCAAAACUGCCACCCAUUGGUUUAAAAACUAAAUUACCUUCAACUGAGCUGGAAGGACAGGACAGCAAAAUAAUGCCCACAUUAGCAUCUGUGGUUGCAAAAUUGAACAGUAUUGGGACCUUGCCUUCAAAUUCUGCAGGCAAAUGAAUGCUCGGAUAUUUCAGAGACUGAAAGGAAAAUCUGGAGCAAUUUGGACUAUGAAAGGAAUUGGUAUCUUGAGUUUUAACAUCUUCCCUUGUCUCCAGACAUUUGUUCCUGUAUCUCUGUAAAGAAAAUAUGGUAUCAGUGCACUCUUCUGACUGAGGGCAGGCCCCAAGCUGAGAAAUCAAUGCUAUGAAACUUUAAUUGUGCUAACAUAAAUUUUACCUCACUACUGUGUUCUGGAUGUUUAUCCCCCAGAAAGAAAGAUGAUGAUGUAUUACCAUUGCUGGGCAUAUGGUAUCCUUCCAACAGUGGGUCCUUCACAAAGAGUUUAUGAAACUAGAGGUCUGAUGGACCCAGGCCACUGAGAGAUUCAUACCCUAACAGAGAUGCAGUUAUUUCUGGAUGAGGAGAAAUCAGGAGUACUAGCAUUUUACCAGCCAAAUUAACUAUCUAUGCAGAAGCAGGGGUGUUCACAUCUGCAGUUUGUGCACAGCCCACAAAAUGUAAUGAGCUUGUGUAAAUGAGAUUGGAGCAAGCUUGUUCAAACUGAGUGCCCUGGGUGGAGGAAAGGGAGAUUGAAGAUAGAUUUCCCAGAAUGCUAAUGUCAAAAAUUUCCAUUCUUCAGUGAGUGAAAAUUAUCUUCCUGCUUCAACUCUCUCUAGUUAGUUUCUACCUACAUCAUUUCCAUAUGAAAUCUUAAACUCCCAUUUUAAGGUGAAGAAGGAAAUGUUCAUAGUGAUGAUUGCAACACCCCAGUGUUGUUUUUUUAGUUAGCUAAUUUAAAAAAGAUAAAACCCUGCAAUGUUCUUCCUUGAGCAUCCUGGGAAUGAGACAGCAUCCAGAACGAACAGAUUCAGACAGGAGAAAUCCAUCUGGGUACCAAAUUGCUAACUCUUUAAAAGCAUCGCUGAGGUAGUUUGAGUGUCAUUUGUCUCCAUUCUCCUCUCUUUCCUUCCCUGUUUCCUCCCUUCCUCGUGGUUCUUGAAGACAUAUACAUCUCGAAUACAUUUACAGGCAGUAACCCUUUCAGGAUUAUUGGGACAUGAAAGUGUGUGUGUGUGUGUGUGUGUGUGCGCGCGGGUCCUUCCAAACCAUCCAUUUCUUAAUGAAUUCAGGAAAGGUACUCAGAGGUUCUCAUUGCAUUUAUGCAAGAUGUGUAUAGCAAAAAAAACAAACAAUGCUCAUUACCAGGGAAAUAGGGCAGUAUUUGAAUCACAAGAUGUAUUUUUUAUUCUCUUCUGCCACCACUUAUUCAAUAAACUGUAGUUACUCUUCACUGUUAAGCUGUUGGAAGUGAAGGGCCUGCAGACUGUAAAGAUAUUUAUAUUUUUGUACACAAUUUUUGUUUUCUUAGUUUCCUUGAAGAAUGAAAUUUUCAGUCUAGAAGAGACGAUUUGGUAAUGAGUUUAUAAAUGAUUUUUUUUCCUAUCUAGUUUGUAAAUAAUAGGAAUUAUGGUGGACUUCAGGGGCUUCUUAGGUGCUCCUCAAAAGUGAAAAUCACUGCUGUGAAAAUUGUGUAGAAUCUGGGAAACGGCGCAUUUUGCCUUUCCUGCAUAAUUGUAUUUAGGAAUGUAAUCCCUGCUCUUAAUGCCUCAGCAGCAGCAAUUGGGAUUCCACGUGCCCCCAGUGCUCGCGCCCCUGCCCCCCCCCCAUGAUGCACUAUUGCAGGAGCUUUCAUCUCUCCCAGCGCCAGGGCUGUGUCUGUGUGUCUGACAUUCACAUGCAUGUGCUGUAAGUGAUGUUCUUCCACUCUUCAGAAGCAGUGGCAAACUACAUUUAGUGCAGAAGUAUGCCCUAUACAGUAAGCUGCAGCUUCUGGACCUGUGUCUAGAAUGGCUGUGUCACUGGGUAUGUAUAUCUUGUGUUGUUUCCUUUUCUUUGUUACAAUUUUCUAUUGGGCUGCAAAGCAAAGAGAGCGGUCUUAAGCUGGGUAUGCAUAAGGUUGCUCCAGACUCUGUGUAAUGGAAGUGUCUUCACCUUGGGAUUCUACAUGGCAUGUUUGAAAACAGUUGGACAGGUGUGUAUCAUUUCUACUGCCUUUGCAUAUUUUACAAUUUAACCUCAGUUUGUGUCAAAAAUGCUAAUCUCCUUCCUGCACUAAAGGGUUGAAGAAGAGGGUAUGGGUUAGUAUGAGAGUCAUGCAAAGCCUUAUAGAUAUCAUUCAAUGCCUUAGAAAAGGGAACUAGCCUAUAAAUACAUGUUUACACCUACUCCUUAGACAUUAGAGGCUAGAUCCGAACCUCAUUUACACCAGUAUUAAUCUGGAGUAACUAUAUUGAUCUCAGUUGAGUUACACCAGAUUUACACUGAUGUACCUGAGAAUUUGGCCUUGGGUAUUUUAAAUUGGCUGCAGUUGCUUAUCAUUCUGCCCAAGACAAUUUGAUUUGCCAUUAAAUUCAACUCCUUGCUGUGUGAAACAGCCAUCAGCAUUGCACUGAUGGUGCCACACACAAAAAAACCACUAAAUUUCCUCUCUGUCCCCUAUCGCUUCUUGAUCCAAAAUGGCUGCUGUUCACUUAAGUGUUAAAAUUAAGUGUGCAUUAAUCCAUGUCUGUACAUUAAGAAAAAUAUGCCUUUCACAUUUCAUAGGGCACAGAUAGCAUUAAAGUCACUCAAACACUCUUUUAAAAUAACCCUUCCUGCCUUGAGGGGCAAGGUGAUGGAAAAUGCCUAGCUAUAUAUUUACUGUUUGGCAGUGAGCAAUCAGGAAUUCCUGCUGUAACAAAAGCAUAUUGUUGAGAUAAAAGCUGACCUGCCUGAUGCCAGAAAACUAUCAGUAAGUCAGCCAAGAACAGACCCCAAAGUCAAAAGAACCAAUAGGGGCACAGCCAAGAAAGGUGUUUGGCAGGUUCUGCCUAGCAACAAAGCCCCUUUGAAAAGCUCAUUAGCCUUUGCUUUUCCUAACCCUCACGUCAUCUUUGCAUUUCACUAUCAUUUUAAAUGUCAAAUCCCCUCUCACCCACAGCCCCAAAAUCAAUUGGUUUGGAAAAAACCUUUUGGAAAUUAUGCCCACUAUUUUUAAGAGGCAGUAAUGCAAGAAUGUGUUACUUUUGUAGCGAGUGGGUUUUGGAAUCAGGAGAACAAUAGAAACCCCUGCAAGGAGCACGUUCUCACUAGACCAAGAGUCCUGGAAAUUUUGUUUGUUUUUUUAGACAGGUCUGUAAAUAGACAAAAUGUUUUUAAGAAUAUAAUGCAAUGUCAGAUUUAGCUUUUUUCCUUUUAUAUAUUAAAAAUAUAUCUUUCCCUCUUUUCAGCUUUUGAAAAAUUGAUAUUUUUGUAGAAAUCUAACAGUACAGGACUGUUCAAUGACUGUAUGUGAGAGAGAGGAAGUGUAAAACUAAAAUAAACCAAUCAAGUUCAA